AUGUGGCUUUUGCUCGUCCUUGGCGCCUUUGCCGCCGUCGCGGAUGCUCAGGUUCGAUUUUUCAAGCAUUAUUGAAAUUUUAGGUGUACUGGGAAAGUUUUCAGUGACCACUUUAGGGUCUGGACGUUUUUGUGGCCACUAUAGUAAUCGAAUUAGUAAUCCCACAAGUGACAUAAUUCAGUGAAUCAACAAAAAAAAAAUUGCAUUCUGAGAAGAUUUUUAGUGGCCACUUCAGGGUCUGGACGUUUCAGUAGCCACUAUAGUAGCCGAAUUAGAGACCACUUCAGGGAUAUUGAGGUUUAGUGGCCCCUAUAGUAGCCGAAUUAGUAAUCCCACUAGUGACAAAAUUCGGUGGAUCAAAAAAUUGCAUUGCUGGGAAAUUUUUCAGUGGCCACUUUAGGGUCUGAACGUUUCAGUAGCCAAUAUAGUAGUCGCAUUAGUGGCCUCUUUAGGGUCUGGAAGUUUUAGUGGCCACUAAAGUACUCGAAAUAGUGACCACUUAAGAGGCUGAAAGUUUGUGGAUCAACAAAAAAAAAAUACGUUACUGAGAAAAAUUUUAAUGGGCAAUUUAGGGCCUGGACGUUUCAGUAGCCACUAUAGUAGUUGAAUUACUGGACACUUUAGGGUUAUGACGGUUUAGUGGCCACUAUAGUACUAGUAAAAAAAUCUUACAAGUGGCAAUAUUUAGUGGGUCAACAAAAAAUUGCUAUACCGGUAAAAUUUUCAAUGGCCAUUUUAGGGUUUUGACGGUUUAGUGGCCUUUCUAAAACUAGAAUUAGUGACAACUCAAGUGGCAAAAAAUAGUGGCCUUUUCAAAAGUCUUAAGCGACCACUAGAGUGUUCCCUAUGUAAAAUAAUCUUGAAAAAGCUUUUGAGUAUGAAAAAAAUGACCUUCUAUAAUUUUUUCAAAUUAUUUCAUGCAAAUUAUAUCUUAAUGUCGAAGAAUCUAUAAGUUUGUAUUAAACUAGAAAAAAAAUAGUGAUGAUUUUUCCUGGUAAAAUUGUAGAAUUAUGGAAAAUAAGCUUGAAAAUGGAAGAGGCAUAUUAUAUCUGAAAUCCGAAAAAUCUAUAAUCAUCCAGACUAGAGAAAUGGUCCACCAAUGGUUUAUUAUUUUUUGCAGAUGGUAAAUGUGACGAUUUUCACUGAAUCACAAUGCCCAUACUGCACACGACUACUCCGGGAACAAAUUUGGCCGUUUUAUGUUACCCGGCCGGGAAUCAUGAAUUUGCAGGUGAAUAUUAAAAAAUGUACCUUUUUCAGGUCAACUGUUCCAUUUGUUUGCUUUAUGAGACGAAAUUUCAAAAAAGUAGAGAAUUUCCAUAAAAAUGGUCCUGACGCGAUCAGUGAGAUAGUGUGAGGAAACGUGAGAGUAGGCAGUGUUUUUCAAAUAUUUUUGUUGGGACAAGUUUUAUUGGAACUUAGUAAUUUUUUGAUUUUCUAAUAUAUUAUUUCAUGAAUGUUUUGGUUUAAUCGUGCGUAUAACAUAGGCAAUUUUUUUCGAUUUUUUUCGAAAAUUGUUCAAAAAAUUUUGGGUCAAUCUUGCGUAAAAGGAACUAAAUUUUUUGUUUUUGUUUUUUAAUUUUUUGUAUAAUUUUUGUGAAAUCGGAACCCUAGACAUAGUAAAUAUUUUUGAUCUUUUUUUCUAUUUUUUUAAUUUUUUUGUGACAGGUAUGUUUGGUAAAUGUUCUGAUUUUUUUCUUCCUCAUUUUUUAGAAAUUAAUGAUAUCUCGCUGUUUUUGAACUUUUUGGGUCAAGUUUACUUGGAAAAGCUAUGAAUUUUUUUGAUAUUUUACUUACCAGGGAACGUUUUUUUACCCCUCCCCCUCGCCUUUAAAGUCGGAAAAAAAUUGGCUAUAUUUGAAAAAAAAUAAUCCACAGAAACGAUUUUUAGAUCAUCCCCUUUGGCAAAGGCGACUGUACCUACGAUUACAACCGAAAUUUCCACUGUACCUGUAUGCAUGGACCAACGGAAUGCGACCUGAAUCGACUCCAGAACUGCGCGAUUUCGGUAAAAAAAAAAGUUUUUUUCAAUGAGGAAAAGCUGGACGAUUACAAUACUUCCCGUUUCGCAGAAAGAAGAAAAGCUCAAAAUUUUGUGAGGCAGGAAUCCAAAUAUGAGAAGAAGACUACAGAAAUUUGAAAAAAAAGGUCUCGAGACGCUGGGAAGUUUUUAAAGUUUUCACUCUAGAGGCUUCCCAAGAACUACUUGGAGAGGACACUAAAGUGGCCACUUUGGUGGUCAAAGAGUAGCACUUAAACCACUAAAGUGGCCACUAGUUUUUUAACCCCUUAAGUGGUCACUAGUUUGACUACUAUAGUGGCCACUAAAGCGCCAUAACCCUAUAGUGGCCACUAAAAGUUGUCCCAGUUAAAAAUAUUUUUUUUCCAAGAAAUUUCGAAGUUUGUAGACGUACCAAGGAGCGCGAGAGUGGCCCCUAUAGGGCUUUUGAUCACUAGUAAUAGGAUCAUAAAGUUUUUUGCACCUACUUAAAAUUUUUGUCCCUCGAGGGACCGUUAGAAUGAUCCCCUAUAAGAGCUACUAACUAAAACCCCUUUAGGGAUCACUAGAUUGCCUCUUUGGGAGCCACAAUAGAGCCUUAGUGUUUUUGGGGAAGGUCGUCCCUUAAGUGGAAACUACAAAAGUCCUCAAGGUUUCCACUCUAGUGACCACUCUAGCGCUUCUAAGCUUCAGAAAGUAGCCAUUUUUGCCGGAAUGAAUCUUUUUCAAAGCUUUAGGACCCUUAAUUUUACUUUUUUGCUCGAUUUUGAGCUCAUCCAAGUCUUUUCCAGUACUUUCCACGACGACACCUCGGCCUGGUGACGUGUCUUCAAGGUCUGACGUCACUCCGGGAAGGAUUCGCCAGAUGUCUCAGCCGAUUGUCGCCGAACACUCAGCGGUUUAUUAAAAAUCAGAAAUAGUCCAUAAUGAUUCUGGAAUUCUCAGAAAGCUGAUCGAAUGCGCGACGACGCAAACCGGCGAACUUCUCAAUUAUUAUUCCAUGGUCAACACUCAUAGGGCCGGUGUUCGGGUGAGUUUCAAAGGAAUUGAAGAGAAAUUUCGGAAAAAUUUACUUGGGAACGCCGUAGGGGUCCCUAGAGCGGCCACUUGAGAUCCCACCCAAGAAAUAACCUAACUUAGGAACUCCAGAGUGGUCCCUAUUGGGGCCCUUGAAGAGUCUCCUCUAAAGAUCAAAUCACCAAUCCCUAUAGGGACCACCAAAGCUUGCAAAAGUGGUCCCUAUUGGGGGAAACUUUAGGGGCCCUUGAUGAUUACCCUCUGGGAACCGUUUUACCAACCCCUAAAGGGACCACUAAAGCUUGCGAAAGUGGUCCCUAUAGGGGGCAUGCUAGUCGAUAAUUUUUAUGAACUCUAAGCGAAGAAGCAUUGUCAUGAGAAAAACUGAAAAAAUAGGCGUUUCUGAAUGAGAUUUAGAGACCCCUCUAGGGUCCACUUGAGCUUCAGCGGCUAAAGAGUCUGACCCUAAACCCCUAUAGGGACCACCUUCAUUUUACCCCUAUGGGGACCACUUUUUCGACCACUGUAGGGACCAAUUUUUCGAAACCUGUAAAGGUUGUUUUUCUCCUCAACCCCUUUAGGGACCAUUCUGGAAUUCCGAAUUACCUCCCUUUAUAGGGGUCACUGAAGUUUACGAAGUGGCCACUCAAGGGAAGCAUGCUAGUCAUUUACUUUUUAUGAACUUUUUUUAAAUACGUCUUUUUCAUUUUUUUGAAAUCUGAAAAAAAUAUUUCUCUAGGGGCUACUUGAGCUUCAGGAGUGAAUCUUAUUUUUUUAAAAAAAUUUUUUUGAAAAAAAUGUUGAAAAUAUUAAAAAAAUUACUUUUUCGGCUCUAAAAAGGAACGCUUUCUCGAACUCUAUCUUUAUGACAGCUCUUUGACCAUUUUUACGUCUUUACAAGUAAGUUUGGAACAAUUUCUCAACCUUGAAAAACUUUUUGUUCAUGCUAUAAACCUAUUCUCUGCAACUUGCAGCGAAAUGAGUGGUUUAAUUCCAAUCGUAAAAAAAAGUGUUUUGAAUUGGAUUUUUGUGUUCUGUUUUAUGAACUCUGAUUUUGGAGAGAAAAUCAAAAUAUGGGGUUCGAUUUGAAUUUAAUUUCAAGAUUUUUUUGUAUUUUUUUAAAAAAAUCUUUUCGAAGAAAAAUUAGCAUAUAAAAACUUUUUUACGACUUCUUUUUUUGAAUCUAACUUUAUUGUAUCCUUUUAAAAUUUGGCAGUUACGGCUUUAUGCUCACAUUUGAAAUGGCUCAAAGCGCCGCGGAUGCGUUUUGGUUGAUUGGAAGUUGUGUCCGACUCAAAACGACUUGCGCGUAGGGAUAUCUGAAAGCUUUAGAGUCAGCUGGCAAGAAAGACAGUACCGCGAAGCGACUUCGAGCCAUUCCAAAUGCGACCAGGCCAUUUUCAAAGAUUUGUAUCUUCCAAAACGACUUUUAACCUUCUGUUUGCAUGGGGAGUGGCUCAAAGCGAUACCGUUAAAGUUUUUUUUUUAAUUUUGUGAAAGGCGCAAGUUGCUUUGGGUCGGGCGCACUUUUAUAGUAUCUUCUCUGCAUCCGUCUGGAGUUGAGCCAUUCUCCAUGCGACCAUUGUUUUUUUUAAUAGUGGGGAAAAGUUUAUCAACUGGAAUUCGUAUAAAAAUUGGAAUUUUUGUCUACAGGCUAAAAUUCGUAUAAAAAAUGGAAUUUUCAGUCUGGAGAUUGAAAUUUUUAGGCUAGAAUCCAAAUAGUCCUGAUUUGAUCUUAAAUUCAAAACCAGGAGUUCGAAAUGAUUUUCCAAUUCAGAUCUGGCCGACGAUGUAUGUCAACGGAAUUUUCUUCGACCGAAGCUACCCAGUGGAGACGAAACUCUGCGAACACACUAACUGGUGCUGAUCUCCCGUAACUUCAACAUUUUCAAUUUUUCAUUGAAAAAAAAAACAAAUGGUACAUAUCUUUUCCCUCUCUGCCUUUAUUUGUGUCUCAUCGUUGACCUCAAUCUCUUCUCCUUCUCCAUUUUUUUUGCUCAUCAAGAAAAUAAAUAUUAAUUUAUUUGUUCAUUUCUUCGAUAUUAUUGCCAGGCCGAUGGCUGCCCCGAUUGCAGUAACUAUGAGUUGUUCGCUGAUCGAAAAUUCGUAAAAUGUCGACAACGGAUAGAAUAAUUCCUUCCAGCAGCUGACUUCGGAAGGGCAGUGGAAUCGGCCUCGUUUCCGGUCGAAUCUGGAAAAUUUUCAGGUUUUUUUUGUUUUUGAACAAGAUUUUUGAAGGUUUUGACGAAAUAUUGCGAAAAUUACAACCCCUAAACUUGAAAAGAAUUUGAUUUUUUUGUAGUUUGAAAAGUUUCGCUUUUGCGCGUCCUUUUUAAUGCAUCGUGUGCAUUGCGUACUACGCAUUUUAUUUUCCGUUUUUUUUUGACGUACUUGGUAACGCCAGAGUGGUCCCUAUAGGCCUUAGGGAGAAAAAAGCUCAUAUAAGCGACAGGAGUGACCCCUUUAGGGCUAUAGGAGUUUAGAGUUGAACCCCUGAGCCCCUGAAGCUUAAGUGGUCCCUAUAGGGGUCUUUUAAUUUUUGCCCUGAUUUCAAAGUUAAAAAGGCGUAGAAGACACUCUAGCAAGCUCCCCUAAAGGGAUUGCUAACCUAAAAUCCCUACAGGGGAACCUUUUGCCAACUUUAGCGUGAGGGUCAGGUAAAGUAGUCCCUAGAGGGAACCUUCAAGUACCCCUAAGGGAUCACUCUGGCGUUGAUUCGAGUUUUACCUUUUUUUGAAUAGUUCUCUCUUGAUUUUUUUCACAAAAGUUUCAGAAAAAAGAAUUAAGUAGAUUAUCUAUCCUCCUUCAGAAAUUUCAGCAAAAAUUUUUUUGAAAAAAAGAUAAGAAAUUUAAAACUGACUCUGUCGUGGCGCGACGAUCAUCGGUCGGAUAAAAAAAUGACAUUUUUUCUCAAAAGUAGGGGUUUUUCGAUUUCUUCCAAUGGUUCCCAGUCAACACUGAAAUCUUUGAUUUUAACUUGACCCUUUAAAAAAAUUCAAAUCAAACUCACCUAACCACAAAAGCUGUGAUAAAUCCUUGAAUAUGACUGAUUCGAAAGGUUGAAGAUGUAGGAACUAGACAAGUCUCGUUGGAUUUUUCCGUUCCAAGGUUUUCACUGAAAUUUUGAACUAUUUUCCGGGGUUACGGUAUACGAAAGUCCGCAUUUGGAGUGUGCACUUUGCGUGUUUGCACGAAAUGUGUGUUUUCCAGUUUUUUAUCUAGAUUUUAUCGGAGAAUUGACAUAAACUAUUCAUUCUGAAUUUUAAAAAAAAACGGAAAAUUUCAGAGUAAAAUGAGAAAACUGUGCAAAAACGCAAAGUGUACUCGAGAAACAUACAGUACUCUUUGCAAAAGGAAAAAUUGCUCUUUUCGCAUUAUCAAAGUGUGAAAGUUUUGAGAAUAAACUUACAAAAUAACUGGAAUCUGGCAAGUGUCACAGUUGCAGACAAAAGUUGAAUUACCAGGAAUAGUGAGUAGUUUUAGUAAAUUUGUAGAAAUUUGAUCGCAGGUCUGAAAGUUGGAAUGAAAAAUAAAAUUCACUUAGGUAUUCCAGAGUGAUCUCUAUAGGAGCUAGGAAUGAAAACAGCCUCUAUAGGGUAAAUUUAAGUGAUCCCUAUAGGGUUUUGGGUCUGGAUCCUAAGCCCCUAAAGCUUAGAGAGCUUUCAUAGGGUGCAUUCAAAAUUCUGUUGAUUUUAAUAUUAAAAGACAAUUUCACAAAAACUCGAUCGCUUGAUCCAAUAUUGAUAAUUUUUCAUUCAAAAAUGCCCAUUUUUUUGAUUUUUCUCAUGGAAACGCUUCUUCUCAUAAAGUCCACAACAAUCAUUGACUAAAAGUCCCUAUAGGGACCACUUUUGCAAGCUUUAGAAGCCUUCAAGAGCCCUCUCAAAGUUACUCCUUUAGGGACCACUCUGGAGUCUCUAAAUAGAAAACCUCUGAUUUAUCAAUUUCAACUCGACAUGAAGAAGUUGAAUUCAAUCCGUAUAAGAGGUCCAUGUUGCAGCCUAAAUUUUAGUUAUUUUUGAAGAGAAGGUUGGGAUUUUUUAAAUAAAUAGGUAAAACGGAAAAGUUCCUUUGAGGACCCUCAGAAGGGGCUGAAAAGGUUCCGAUAAAAGCUCCUAAAAUUUCUUGGAAACAGUCUUUUGAGCUCCUAUGUAAGCUACUGAACCUCAGAGGAUCCCUCCUGAAUCUCCUAGGAUUUUUUGGUUACCUUCCAACUUUGUUACAUUGAAGGAUGUCGAAAAAAUCGGACGUGCUAUGAAAGGACCCUUCAAAAAUCUUUUCUUGAAAGAACCCUUGAGAAGCUUUUCCGUUUUGCCCGAGUACCUGGCGUUUCCAUCGGUUGCAAGUUUCCCUCGGAAAAGCUGAUUUUAUCACCAAUCGAAUAAAUUGAGCAAUUCCAAGGGUUCGGCUCUCCGAAAAUUAUUUUUUGAAUCAGGAUUGAUGGGAUCUGAAAUUCAUUAUUUCACUUCUGGAGCUUUCUAGAGCUUCUGAAUGAUUAUGUAAAGGUAUUUUAAGCUGAUCCCAAAUCUGAGCUCUGGAAGUCUUUGAAAGAGUAACUUAAGAACCCCAGAGAGGUCCCUAGAGGGCCUGGGCGAAAAAUAGCCCCUUGAGGGGGCAGAAAAUGCUCCUUUUAAGGCUUUGGACUUUCUUUAAAGAUUUGCAAGAUAAAAUAACACUAGACGACAUAUUGCAAGCUUUCGCGGCCCCUUGAAAGAGGGGAAAGUGGUCACUAGAGAGAAACCUUCAAGGGCUCCUUUAGGGACCCCUCUAGGGUUCCUAAGAAUGGGCGGGUGAACUUCAAAAUUUAUUUCUAAUCUUGAAAAUUUUGCGAGAAGUCUUUUUUUAUUUUUUGAAACAAGUCCUAUUUUAACUUCGAGCUUUCUUUUCAAAGUCUAUUGCACAAGUUUUUAAAGCAGAGAUUUAGAAUCGGCGUGAAAAACUGAAUCUGAUGAUACGAGUUUCAUAUCAAGGCAAAAAAUUUGUACCUCAUAAUUAUUCAAAGAAAAAUGAAGCUCCCCGGACACAUUCCGAACUUGUGAAAUCACGUUGUUGCAGUUUGAUCCUUCUAUUUUCCCUGGAAAAUUUAUCGAAUCUUCAAAAAUUUUCCUCUGAAACUUACAGGCUAGCGCAUUCAACAACCCUUCCAUUGAAAUCACAGGUGAUGUUCUCGAAAAUAUUUUCAUUCCAACUCAAAAUCGAAAAUUGCGAUCUUUCAGUACAAUUUUCUUGUGUUAAUCUCGCAACACAGUAGUUUUCGCCUUGAUUGAUACAUUUCCAAGGCUUUUUCCUGAAAUUUUUGCUGAAAAUGCGUUGAAAAAAAGUUCGGAAAACCUCUCAAACGAUAGUGUUGUCACUGGCGGUGGUAAUUUAUCAUCAAACGGCUCAAUUUCGUGGGUUUCAUUGAAAUAAUCGUUGUAAUAUGUGACCAGAAGCGUCGGGAAACCCUCCAACAACGGCCAAUGGGUCAAAUCUUAACUCUCAUAGUUUUAAUAAAAAAAGCAAAUUUAAAAAGAUUACGGCAGAUCUAUUGGUAUUUCCCAAUUUUUGAAGAAAUUACAGCAAAGAAUGUACAGCAAAGUCGUGAGAAUCGCUGUUGUAGGUAUAUACAUUGAUAGAAUAAGUGUUUAUGCUUAUUUAUUCCUCGUGAUUCCUUCGAUUUCCGAUUCGUCUUGUUGCCAUGGUGAAAAAGGUUGACCUCGCCGAAAAAGGAAACUGCGCUCCAUCGAGAACGUCGGCCGCAACGCCAUUUUCGCGGCGGGGGUCGCCUUUUCGAAAUUUGGCUGUUUUAUGUUUGUAUCGUUUGAUUUCUGAUGUUUUUGGAUACCGUUUUGUCAUUUUAAUUUCACAGAUAGUAUGUACAGGUAAUAGAAAGCUCGGUAACUUGAUAGUUUUUGGGAUUUUGUCCAUUUUUGCACGUUUUUCAUGAUGCGAGAAAAUCAAUUUUUAAAGUUUUCUUCUUCUCAGCGGAGUUUUCUUUUUGCUUUAUUUUUGAUGUCAAAUCAUUUGAAUAGGAAUUCCAUGUUUCUACCGUUCAUGGUGGAAAUGGUGAUAUUAUUUAUUUCUUCCCUUGUUCUUCAUGAAGAAAAAUUGAAAAGUCCUGAUCAAAAUUUCUGUUCACUAAUUUUUUUCUGUGUUGAUUGCUUCAUGGAUUUGUGUUCCAAAUUGCAAUUUUCGAAAAGAUAGAAGUUUUUACAAUGUGAUGCUUCACAAUUAUAGGCUUUUUGAGUUUCUAUUAUUUUGUCUCAGUUUUUUUAUACUUGUCAAAAAGUAUAGUACCAUUAAAGUUCAUCUUUCAUGUUCAAACCCAUUCAAUGAAUAGCUGAAGUUACUUAGAAGAAAAAAAUACGAAAAAAAUGUUUCGGAGCCACUUUUCCAUUUUCCUCAUUCAAGUCGUGAUCACUUCUGUCUUCAUGUAAAAAUUUUUUUCGUCAGUAGAUUUGUGCGUAUCUAUUGAAGAUAACUGUUUUUUAUUACUUAAUUUGCAGAAAUGUCUAAAACACUUGCCCAAACGUAUGGGCCGAGGCCGCAGUCGUUCUCAAUGGACGACUCUGGAGAAAAGUUCUACAUUGGUAGGAGAUUCAUAUUAAAAGGGGGAAUAUACAGAAAAAAAAUUUAGGAUCCGAAAUAGGAGCCUACCUGAGGCUCCACAGAGGUACUCUGUACAAAAAGUACCCGCUACUCUGGCGCAAAGUCGCGACGCCCGAAGACAAGGACAAAUUGAAGCAAAUCGCCCUUUCCAACGCGUUCCUUCACACGAAUAUCAUGUAGUUUUUUCAAGAUGGGAAAAUGAAUCGAAAUAAACUUUUCCAGGUUGAUAAAAGCAGUGGAAGUUGACGACCUUCUCGAUGGAAACGAGGAGAAAUAUCGGGCGGCUGGCUCCGCGCCAGCCACUCCUCGUGUAGAUAACGGGAAUAAAAACCCCAUCAAAGCCUUGAACAGCUCCUGGGCUGGACAACAGGUCUCGGCACGAUUCUUUAGAAUUUUCGAGUUUGGCGAUCCAAACCGAUUGCUGAGGACUUUGAAAGACAUUUUUUCCUAGGAAAGCUCAAAAAAUGUUGACUUUAUGCCGCGAAAAAUUGAAAAAAAUAAGAAUGCGUCAAAAUGAAAUUUUCUAUUUUGAUGUAAUUCAAUUUACGAAAUUUCUUAAUUUCGCGAUAUUUCUUGUUGCUAAAUUCAAGGAGAAUUGGAAUUUUUCUGCUUAUCACCUCUAGAUCUUUACACUGGAUCAAUUUUUCUUUUUUUUAUCUAAUUUUUUUCAAGUUUCAAUUUUGUAAUUAAAGGCGCAUAGGUUACUGUCAAGAAAGUAUCUCGGCGUAGGACCAUUUCCAGUGUAUUUUCCAGAAAUAUGAAGGCAUUCGUGCUUAGAAGCACCCUAGGGUGUUUAAAAUGACAAAAAAUGUUUUAAAAUAAUUCAUCAUGAAAAUUCGGUUAUUAGUGAACUUUCAUCAUGUUUAAAUUAUUUUCGGCGAUUUCAAAUUGACGUGUUUUCGUUUAAAAGGGGAUACGCGAAAUUGUGUAUUUUGAGAGAAAAAAUAUGUAUUACAACGAGAUGGCGAAAUAUUAGCGCGAUUUUGAAAAUUUGUUGAAAUCUUCUCAUUCAACUAAAAAUUCGGUGUUUCUCACGUAAAAUUCGUUUUUUCGCUGUAGGACCCAAAUUUUCUCCCGAAAUGGCAAUCUCGCGAAAUUAUUGAAUACGUCGUCAAUUUUGAAAUGGCCAAGAAAACUGACAGAAAUAUUCGUUUUUUUUUUCAUCAGGAAAGUUCGGUAAUAAGUUGAUUUUCAUCAAAAGUUGUAGUGGUUCGGUAAACUCAAAUUUUCUUUAAAAAAAAAAAUAGGAAACUGUGAAAAAUGAACGAGUUUUAUAGGUAACAAGCGGUUCACAUCAUUUGGAAUCCGUCCCCUGCUCUUGUCCAAAUGCUCAUGCUCGUGGACGAGUGAAACCAAGGGAAUUGGCCUAUUCUGCAGAGGAUCUGGAGAUGGCCAGGAGGUUUAGUGAAAAUAAAACCUUGAAAAAAAACCUACAAAACUUGUAGAGUUGCUGAAAAUGCAGAUGAACCAGAGGAUUUGGUGCCCAUUCGGUUGGACAUGGAACUCGACGGAAUCAAAUUGCGAGACACGUUUUGCUACAACCGACAUGAGAAGCUAAUCACACCGGAAAUGGUAGGGAUCGUGGAAAUUGAAAAAAAAAUGAAAAAAAUUAUCUCUGACUCUACAAUAUUUAGUUAUCUUUUCCACUAUCUGACGGCUUUUUUUGAAUUUCGCGGAAUUAUUUGAAGCAUAUAGUUUAGAAUUUUUGAUUUUAGGCUGUCUUUUUAAGCAUUUUAAUCUGGAAAAUAAAGUUUUUAAUCCAAAAUUAUAAAUUUAAGAUUCAGAAAUGGCAUGCUGGAAAUAUCGGUUUUCGCUAUUUUUUUAAGUUUUUUUGAUAUUUUUCAGAAGUUGUUGAAAGUUUCGAAGUACUAUUUUUCUCCUAUUUUUGACCCAUUUUUUUGAAGUUUUUAAAAAAAUUUUGAUCAUUAAUGUUUAAAAAAAUCUCUUCUCCGGAUUUUUUUCGAUUUUUUUCGAUUUUUUUGCCGAUUUCUAUUUCACGACAAAAAAACUUAUAUCUAAAUUCAGUCAAAAAAAUCACAAAAUAUCCUUCUAGGGCGACCAAUAUUUUUAUUUUUUUGAAACUUUCAAACGAAUCAGAAUCGAGAAUUUCAUGCAUUUUUAAGACGUAAAAAAAUUUUGAACUAACAAAAAAAUCAGAAAAUUUUAAAAAAAUUGGCCACUAUUAAAAACCGACCUACUUUUUUUAGUUCUACACAAUCGAUUGAAGGGUUUAGAUAAACUUGGGAAAAAUCUCGAAUGCUGAGCAGCGUAACCCAGCCGUGCUAACACGGGGUCUCCGCGGGUGCCUCCGUUCUAAACCCGUAUAAGCACAGUUGGUAGAACUUUUGGCAAUUUUUAGCUCAGCUGGGUUACAUAUUUUUCUUACACCGGUUUUACCCCCGUUUUAGCCCAACUGAGACUAAAAUAACCUCAGAAACACUGGUUUAAUACAGGUACACCCGUUGAGACACCUGCUCAGCAUGCGAGAUGGAAGAUUCUUGAAAAGUAAGAUUGAUUUUUAGGUGGCGGAGAUCAUGUGCGACGACCUGGACCUCCCAACGACGACUUUCCAGCCGGCGAUCGCCGCCGCGAUCUACCAGCAACUGGAGGCGGCGACUGAAGCCCCGCCCCUGGAUCACAAUAUUUUGGACCAAAGGGCCGUCUUGAAACUCAAUAUCAAUGUCGGCAACCAGUCUCUCGUCGAUCAGUUUGAGUGAGUGGGAAAAAAAUUAUUAAAAAAAUUCCCCUUUUCUCCAUUUUUUUAUUCAAUGAGUAAGGAUCGAUUUGAAAUCUGAAGUUACCUUAAUUUAAAUGAAAAAAAUUUUUGAAAAAAACCAAAAAAAAUUUUCGGAAAAAAACCUUCCCGUCGAAUGUGCGUUUCUAGCUCGAUAUGAAUAUUUAGAGUUAUACUUUUUCAAUGAUUUGAGCCAUCUGACGAGUUUAAUUUCCCAUAGCAGAGUUUGAUAUCAACUAGGCAUUAUAAGAAUUUAUUCUGAAGUUUUUAUUUUUUUCCGGGUUAAAAUAUUGUGGAUUGAUGUUUAUGGCGCUUGAGAAAGUUUCAUUGGAAAAAAAAGCUUGAUUUCACUUGAAAAAGCAAAAAAAAAAGAGAAAACCCUCCAAAAAUAUUUUCUAGUAGUUUUCCUAGAGGUUGAUCUGGACUUGAAUGAGUUCGAAAAGAUUAAAAAAGCCAGAACCUUUGAAAAAAAUGGCUUUUUGAUUUCGAUUUUUUGUUUUUGUUUUUUUAUAUGAAAUUCUUCUAUGUGGAACAUGAGUUUAUUAAGGAAGGAGUUUAAAGAAAAAAAUGGCCAGAAACUUCAAAAAAAUAGCUUUUUAGUGUCUCGAUUUUUCCCUAAGUGGAUAGGAGUGAUUAAAGAAUAACUUUAAAGAAAAAAAAAAUUAGGCUGGAAGUUUAAAAAUAGCCUUUCAUCCGUUUUUCUACUCUAUUUUUAGAAAAAGAUCUCAUUUUUUUAGGUGAGACAUGAGUCAUUAAGGAACGAGUUGAAGUUGAAACAUGACCAGAAGUUUUAAAAAAAUAGUUUUCAACUUUUUUUCUCCCUCAAUUUUAAUAUGAAACUUCACACUCCAACCUUUUUAACCCAAAAAAGGUAUAUUGAAGUCAUUUUUCUAGGUGGGACAUGUCGGACCCGAACAAUUCGCCCGAAGAAUUCGCAAGGAAUCUCUGCACCGAACUUGGCUUGGGCGGAGAGUUCGCCUCUGGGAUCGCCUAUUCGAUCCGAGGACAACUUCAGUGGAACCAGAGAACCUACGCGUUCUCGGAAAGCCCCUUGGCCACUGUUGAAUGCUCUUUCCGGUGAUUCCCAAUAGGAAAAUUAAUUUUUCAACGAAAUUUUCCAGAAAUCCGACGGAAGUCGAGGCCUGGGGUCCAUUUUUGGAAACCUUGACCGACGCGGAAAUCGAGAAAAAGAUGCGGGACCAGGACCGAAAUACGCGCCGAAUGCGGCGGCUCGUCGGCGGAGGAUUCAACUAUUAAUAAUCUCAUUUUUUGAUCUCUUUUAACUUAUUCUUGUUCAAUAUUUUUUUCGCGUCUUUUUGUCGUUUUUUUCUGCUCUUGUUUGAGGUUGUAGGUAUGAGAUUUUGAGGUUCUUUUAAUGGGGUUUGAGAAAGAAAAAAAUUCAAUUUUUUUGAUAUUUUUAAUCAACAACUAUUGAGCUUUUUCGCACCUUUUUCCGAGAUUUUCGAGUUCUGUGCGCAUUUGAAGCAUUGAAAACAGUCCGAAAAGCGAUUUUUGCUCGAAAAAAGUCGACAGAAGCGUCUAAACCUCCUCUUUUUGCACGCUAUUUCGUUGAUCGCUUCAAGAUCUUUUUUAUAGUUCUCCCAAGCCAGCGGACUCUAUUAAAUUGUAGGAUUUUCAAAAGUUCUUGCGAUUUCUGUUCUUAAACUCAUUAAGGAACCCCAAAAUGUCACAUUUACGUCUCAUAACACGUGGCGGACGAUUCUUUGUAAAUAGAAUAAAUAAAACCAACAACCAAAAAAAAAAUUGCAGAUCAUGUCGGACACUGUUGAUGACGUCGAGAUGUCUGAUGUCGGCGCGGGAGCCGCGAAAUCCAAGGGCCGAGGCGUCGGACAACAGAAAAACCGCGAGCGGAUCACCUACGACGUCAUGGAGGAGGACACGGAUUCGGGAGCCGCCGCGGCCACCAACGGCGCCCCACAGAGAUCUGUUGAGGUGCUUUCUUGGGAAAAAUUGAAAGCUUCGGAAUCAUCUCUUAAGCAGAAAUAUUCAUUUUAAGGAAGAAGGUGUCAUUUUCAAGGCAUCUGAAACUCUGCAAAUUACAUUGAAACCGCUUUAGAACACCCGUAGUCCAUUCCGCGCCAGCUUGACACGAUUUUUCAUUUUCCUCCCAGCUACAGAACCCUUCCCUCCGAAAUGCUCUGGCUGUUUCUGAUCAUGCGCCUUUAAUAUACCUGAACUUUUCGGCCUAAACUUCAGGCUCAUGCACUGAAACCAACCGCGUAAUUUGAAAAGAGGUUAUAGUCUGUUCAGAUUUUGAAUGUCAAGUAGAAUGACGUCAUUCGAAAACGCUCUGUGGGUGGCUCGCUAUCUGAUUUGUUUAUCGCGCCGUUAGGGGCGGGGCUUCAGAGAGGACUUAACAUUCGAAAUCUGAGACUAUAUGUAGCUCUGAGGAAAUGUAAUGGUACAAGGCGGGUUAAAGUCCUUUUCGAAACGCACGGGCUGUAUCUGAGCAUGCGCCUUCAAUAUAAAAACUUUCAAAUCGAAAACGCAUGCCUCGCAGAAACGGGUUUUGUAGCUCGGAUGAAAAACAAAUUUUGUUGUAAGCUGGCGAGUAUUGAGCUACACUCUGUUAUAUGAAAAAGGCGGUUCCGAUUGACCCAAACUGAAAUUAAAAUAUAGAAAUUCGGGCAAAACCAGGGAGAAGUUGUCGAAAUUUUGAGCGGUUCCGAAACUAUCUUCUCCAAUUUUCAAGCGGAAAAACGAGAAAUUCAAUUUUUUGGUUUCAGGGCUGGAUCGUGUUCGUGACGGGAAUCCACGAGGAGGCGACGGAAGACGACGUACACGACAAGUUCUCCGACUACGGAGAGAUCCGGAAUCUUCACCUGAAUUUGGACCGUCGUACUGGUUUCCUCAAGGGAUACGCUCUCGUCGAGUACAGCACGCAAAAAGUGAGAAAAAAUGGUUCAUAAAAGAAAAAUUAAAGUCUCUUAAAGACACGGGGAAAAAACCGACUUCAGGAGUAUAUCAGAAGUUACUUUCAAAAUUGUUCCUAGAUCAACGGGAAAAGUCUAAGGGGCCUUGAAAGAAGAAAAAAGGUUUUUAGGUUUCAAAAUAGAUGGGAAUAAAAAUUCUUUUGUAGGCGUUUUUAAGAAAAAUGACCUUUUAACGCCUUUUUGGGAACUUUCUUCUUUUCAAGACCUUUUUUUCUUCUUAAAAAGGAUUUUUCCGAUAAAAAGACAGGUUAAGUUGCUUCAGAAAAGACACAAGCAAAUUCUUUGAUCACAAUUUUCUUGUAUGUAGUUUAAUCUUUCUCAAAAAUUUUGAAAUUGUGUUGACGGAUGUUUUUGAAACUCUGGUGAGACUUCAGUAGGAAAAACGCCGCUUCAGAAAAUUUCAGAGAAGUUUGAAAAAGAAAAAUGAAUUUUUCAUAUAUUUUUGGAAGGCUUUUUUUAAAGAGAUUUUUUUAAAAAACUUCCUUUGGACUUUCCUUGUGAUUAUGAUACAUUUUUCUAGAAUCAUCUAUUCAAUCUUUGUCAACUUUGCAGGAAGCGACGGCGGCGAUCGAAGCCCUGAACGGCGCUGAUCUUCUGGGCCAGCAGAUCCAGGUCGACUGGUGCUUCGUCAAGGGCAAGAAGUCCUCGGGCCGACGCUGA